AUGGAAAUAACGAAAGACCAGCAGCAGUUGGAUAGAAUGGAUUCUGGCGAAUCGACACCAGAAUUAGAAUCGCUUCCCAUUGUAUUCGUUGGUGGUGGGAAUAUGGCAAGUGCGAUUAUUAGAGGAUGUUUGAAGAAUCAAUUCAUUCCGGCCGAGCAAAUUGUGAUUGGUGUGAAAUCAAAGAAAUCGGAAGAAAAAUGGAGAUCGAAAGGGUUUGAGAAUGUGUUCACAAAUACGCAACAGAUGCUCGAAAAUUAUCCAACAGCGAUUUACGUGAUGUGCGUGAAACCGCAAUUGUUCGAUGAAGUCGUCUCGUCGUGGCCGGUAAAUGCGCGUCCAAGAAUUUUUAUUUCAAUUAUGGCUUCAAUCACAUUGGGGCAGAUUCGUGAAAAAAUUCCGUUUUUAUCGCAAUAUACCACAAUGGUGCGACUUAUGCCAAAUAUGGCGAGCUCAAUUGGGUGUUCGGCGACGUCAAUGUGUUAUGAGGAUUAUGGAAUAGACGAGCAGAAUGUUCAUAUUGAAUAUUCGAAGCGAUUCGCUGAGUGCAUUGGAAGUGUUGAAUUAAUUCCGGAGAGGUGUUUUAAUGCAGCGACGGCGGUUGCUGCUAGCAGUCCAGCAUGGGUGUUCAUGUUUAUUGAAGCAUUGGCAGAUGGUGCAGUUCACCAAGGAUUGGGAAGACUUGAAGCGAAGCGAAUGGCCGCUAACGCUGUUAUGGGAGCUGCCAAAAUGCUAACCACUCUAGAAUCAGGAUUUGACAUCGAGAGAGAGCAUGUGGGACUUUUGAAGGAUCAAGUGUGCUCACCGUCCGGAACUACUAUCGAAGGAGUUCGGUCGCUGGAACGGCACGGGUUUCGCUCGGCAGUCAUGGAAGCUGUCAUUGAAGCCUCCUCAAGAGCUGAAACAAUGUCAAAACCGAAGUAG